GCGUUGCGCAUCGCGAGCGUCAGCUCAGCAGAGAGACGUUGUUGUUUACUAUUAUGGCGACCAAGACCCGCGAAGUGUGUUCAUUUUAACGCAAAGUUUUCAUUCCUUUUUCGUCGUAGUUGAAAGAAGUAGAGAGCAUUGGAAGUGAAGGCGCGACCUGUGCACGGGGCUGUGACUUCUCCAGCGGGAAAUACUUCGUAAUUCAGGGGAUAUUUGUGUCUGUAGCCCUUGGCGCCACUGGCCUCCUCCUCCACCUCCUUCGUUCGGGGCCUGAGUCUCUCCUCUCCCUCUCUCUUUCUCUCCUUCCUCCGACGGUACAUUGAGGACCUUGUUACUGUCGUCCGCGAUGCCCAAGAAGGACCAGUUCUCCGUGGGCGACCGCGUCUUCGCCAAGGUCAAAGGGUAUCCGCACUGGCCGGCAAGGAUCGAGACCUUCGAAGAGGACCCAUCAGGAAAACCACCAAAAAAAUAUCCAGUUCUUUUUUAUGGAACUUAUGAAACGAUGGACAAAGAUGACCAUUUGUCAUUGAAAAAGUUGCAGACGUAUUUGGUUUAUAAGGUGGACACCUUGGAAGGCAAAAAAGAAAUCCACCAGCUCCUACUUCUCUUGGUUAUACCACCUUCUCCAGUUGCAGGCUCGCACACUUCCCAUCCCAACCCCAUCACGAGUCUGGAAGAAAAGAUUGAUGAGCAUUUUACUCUGUUAGUUACUCCACCUGAAAUCGCCAAUCUCGGCUCAUCUGCUCCUAACACACCAAAGACACCACUUCUGAAGCCUGGUAAAAAGUCAGCAAGUAACACUCCAGUUUCAAGUUUAAAACCGGCAGACUCAGAUGAAGAUUCUCUCGUUAUAGAUGAAUCGGAGAGAGGUGGGAAGAAGAGGAAAAGAUUGGAGUCAGAUUCGACACCAGAUGUGCCAGCCAAAAAAGCAGCAUCUGCAAGGGAAGUUGCAAAAGAGAACUCAAAACAGGUAAUAGAAGAACCACAGAUUAGUCGUAGUGGACGAUUGAUAAAACCCAAAAAGUUCCUAGAUGAAGGUGAAGAAGGAUCAAGACCUCCCUCAGCCAAUGCAAGUGCUCCUGGUACACCAGUUCCAGAAGUUGCCUCUACAGCCACGACCACCACAACCCCCUUAACAACUAAAACGAAUAAUGCUGGUGCUGGAAAGAAUUCCACUUCUACCCCAAUGAUCGCUCCAAAGAAGAGACUCUCAGCCCUUGUUUCUGAAGAUAUUCCCAAGACUCCAACAGAUAGUGUAAAACCUGAAUCUCCAAUGCUCACCCCAACCGGUCCUCCACCUAAAAAGAGAGGGCGACCCUCCAAAGCUAAUUCUCCAAAAGAAUCUGCAAGUACAACUCCCGUAGCAAAGAAGGAAGAUGCCCCAUCAUCCCCAGCAAAGAAAGCUUUAGGAAAUGAAACCAAUAAAGAAAAGAAAUCUCCAGUUAAACCAGCACCUAAAAAGUCCUUAGGGAAGCAGAGAGACAUUGACCUUCCAAAAGAGAGUGAUUUAUCAUCUAAACAGACAUUCCUUAAACUCAAAACGGAUUUGGAGUGUGGAACGCUUAAUGCAGAUGAACUAAGAGAACUAAGUCAGAAAAAUGAGAAAGAAGAUACACAUAGUGCAAUCGUAGAAGAAAACAGAAAAUUCACGAGACAGCCAAAGCCAAGUAAAACGUUGGAUAUAGAGGCCCAGUUGCUGGAUCUCGACCAGAAGAUACGAGAGGCGUUAUCUGUAACGGAUCCACGUAAAGACGACGCAAAAGAUUACCUAGAAAGAAUGUCUAAACUUGUCAUAUCUGGUCUCAUGUUAAAAAAGAAUCCUCAUGUUGUAGAUGCAAUUAAAAAGUGCCGAAGAUACAAAUACGAUGACGAAGUCAGAGAAAAGGCAGACUUGGUUUACAACAGAUUUAAGUUGCUGUUUGUAGUACCCGAAAGCCAAGAAUGGGACUCAAUGUUUGCAGAGAAGGUGGCAGAAUUUGAUGAUGCCUGUAUAAGAGCUGGGAUUUCAGAAGAAUGUAAGGUUUCAUUGGUUCGAGAUCCUACCCAUCACAUUGAUGGUUCACAAGAAGAGGUUGGAAACCGGGGAAAGGAAAACACCAGUCCACUAACGAAGAGCUGAAUUGCAAACAUACGUAAGGUACGAAAUAUUUUCAGAUUGAUCCAUAUUUAGUACUUAAGGCUUAAUCUACACGUCAAGAUGGCUAACUUCCAGCCCAAGAAGAAAAUGUACAGUUAUGGUAUUGUAUUUUCUUUUUCCAGAAUUGAUACACCAAUAUGGCUUUACAGUAGUUGAUAUAUAUAUAUAUAAUAUGUAUGUGUAUUAAAAUACUGGAGCCGAAAGGUUUAUGGACAUUAAAUUCAAUCAAAUCACUUGGUAUUACAGUUGCCACCUUUUGAAUUACUUCCCUUUCAGGUAAUUCAGAAUUAUAAAAUGGUAUGAAUGUAUUUUGUAAUGAAAAUAUGGAAACAUUGGUUUAUAACCCAUUUAUGUUGGCCAGUUUUUUCAUGAAUAUGACAUACAGGCAACCUGUAGUAAUAGGGAUACACAAGAAGUCUUGUUUUACAGGAAUAGGUCAACAUUUAUCAUUGUGUGUAGUUUGUUAUUAAAUGUGACCCUACUGUUACCACAUUGUCAUCUUGAAGUAAACAUUCAUUUUUUUUUUUUAACAUAGCGUGCAGCAACUAUUUCAAACAGUUUCUUGUCUUAUGGACUAAAGUACUGUGCUGUAUAAGUUAACAUCCGAGAAGUGUAAAGUUUGCAGCAACCACUUCAGAUAGUGUUCUUGUCUUAUGGACUAAAGUACUGUACUGUAUUAGUUGACAUCCGAGAACUGUAAAGUUUAUGGAAUUUGGAAGUUUUCUAUUGAUGAAUCUUUACUUCAAGGAAUUUUUGAUGUUCAGAUGUAGAUAACCUUGUGAACAUGAGGGAAAAUUUUGCAUUUAGAGGAGAAAGGUGUUAUGUAUCAUGCAGGUCUGUUAUUCCUGCCAUGGGUGCCCACUGAAGUUGUCUGCUUAUGAAGAAUAUACUGUUGUGUAUUGUCUGGAAUAUUUUGCAAACGGCCUUUCAUGUGUGUUAUCUUGACUUGGUUGACUGGCUGCUUUUUACGGGUGGAUCUCUGUCCUUGGGUAUUGUAGUUUUGUGUUUUUUCCCUAGAUAUCAUCUUUGGGAUUACAGUGAUAAAAGUGAUUUUAAUUUGAAUUAUCCGACAGGAUAUGGUGUUUUUGAAACAUUCAUUGUAAAUGCUGUUUUCACUCCGAGGCAAAUACUGUAUUGUAGGAAUUGGCCAGCAAUGCACAAUGAUGCAGGAAGUACACCAGACGGCUUUCAUAAUCUACAGCCUUUGAUUAGAAUACUCUUGAUGCUUUGCAGAAAGGAAAAACAUUCAUCUAAAUGUUUGUAAACCCAAAAAAUUGAAAAGAAAAUUCAACUGACCCUUGCACUUGUGUUAUUUUGCUGUCAUAUUAAUAAUUAUAUUUUGUUAUAAAUGUGUUUGUACAUAUUGAAGGGUACCUUGUUAUUCAAAAUCUGCAGGCGGCUAAUAACAGCUGUGGCUACAGUAUUAUGGCACACAAGUUCACACUUCAUCUUGAUCUGACAGUUUUAAGGUCCCACUGUGUACUUGGGAAUUAACUGAAGUAUAAUACUGAGUGAAUAGUUUUCCCUUUUACUUUUUCUUGUUAUCUUUUACCAAAGAAUAAGGCAUAGGUUAACACACUUAUCCUCUGCAUUUGCUCAAGUCCCAUAAUCUUAGCAUUAUGUUGCCAUUGCAAAGAAUAUUAAUAUUUGAGUUAACAAAAGUGGUAAUGCUAUAUAUAUCCUGUCAGUCCUCAUCUCAUGUAAUGGAAUUUCUGGGAGGUUUUUAUUGGAAAAUACAGAUGAUCUUCCUAGUAAAAUAAAGAUAGUUUUGUUGAAAACUGGUGAUGAGUUACGAUGGUCCUGCACCACUGUUGUUGGAAGUGAGUAGAAACACAUUGGAAUGAUUGAAUCCAAGUGACAAGGUACUGUUUACUAAAUUUAUUUUGUUGGUUAUUUGUAAGAUUGAUGCAUUUUGCUUGUCCACUGUGAAAAACUGGAUUGAAAGUUAUUUAGAGGCUAGCUUUAUUAUAAUUUUAUUACAUUUUUAUUUAUACUUUUCUUUGUGCAAGAAAAUCUCUAUUAAGGUUAUAAAUAACUCAUCAAUCUCGCUAUCUCACAACAGUUCUAUGUUGGAAGUUAAAUCUAAUGUUCAUAGUCAUGUUUUUUUGUUUUUUUUUUUUUUUUGGAUGGCAGUACGUCAUGUCUGCUUCUGGUAGUUCAAAGUUUUGAUUAUCGAUAUAUGACACAGGGUUAUUUGUAAGAUGAUGCAUAUUGCUUGUCAGAGUUAUAAACUGGAUUGAAAGUUAUUCAGUAAGCUAGCUGUAUUAUAAUUUUAUUAUAUUUUUUAUGUAUACUUUGUGUAGAAAAUUUAUACUUUAAGAUUAUAAAACUCAUUAGUCUUGCUCUCAUUACAGUUUUAUGUUGAAGAUAAUUUGUCGGUUUUCAUGUUUUUGGGAUUCCAGUACAUCAUAUUUUGUGCAUCUGGUAGUUCAAAGUUUUGAGUAUCUAUAUAUUACACAGGGUUAUUUGUAAGACGAUGCAUAUUGCUUGUCCACAGUAAAAACUGGAUUUAAAUUUAUUCAGUAAGCUAGCUUUAUUAUAAUUUUAUUACAAUUUUGAUGUAUACUUUUCUUUGUGUACGAAAAUCUAUACCUAAAAGAUUAUAAAACUCAUCAGUCUCGCUAUCUCACAACAGUUUUAUGUUGGAAGUUAAAUCUACUGUUCGUGUUCAUGUUUUUGGGAUGGCAGUGCAUCAUGUCUGCAUCCGGUAGUUCAAAGUUUUGAGGAUCUAUAUAUUACACAGUCACUACAAACCUUGUUGCAGUCCCCCAUUUUUAUUUAUCAGAAUAUUGAAACACAAAUUUCUCUUUCUCUCUUAUAGGAGCAGAAUUUAGAUGUGCUUAUACGAUUGAUUUUGGAAAUUGUGCCAUAUCAAUACUAGUAAUGGUAUUUAUCUUGAUAUCUUGUCAAUUUAUUUAGAUCCCAUAUUUUUUGGGGGGAACAUAUGCAGCAAGGAGUUUCUCCAUUUGAAUAUUGUACCUACUGUAAUGAUAAAAAUUCCUGACAGUGGACUGCCAUCCCCAGUCUCUCUGGUCACUGUAGAUUGACAGAGGACACACCUGUUAGUUGGAACCAAGGCUAAGCACCAUUAACUAUACAGUGAUUGUAAUAUUCAAUCCACGUGAUGUUACAAGCAAAGGUGAAUCACCUUACCUUUGUUCUUGGCCAAGGUACAAUAGGCUAGGGCACCUUCCUUUACAUAUGAGACAUUCAUUUUCUUUCAGAAUCCAUAGUGAACAAAAUCUGGAAUAUGUUAUGUACUGUAUUUUGGGCCGAUUCACUUGAAAAUAUUGACACUUGACGUGUAAGUACAAAGGUGCAUAUUGUAGUGAUAAUAAUGUAUAAAUCUCAAAUAAAAGAGCCAUCUUAACUUUUA